ACCAAAUGCGCCAUCUAGUGGUAAACACAGGCUCCGCGUCUGCAUACUACACUACUUAGUACGUUAAAGAAAAUAGUACAGUGUUUUAAAUGUCCACACAAGCCUCAGUGGUCUGAGCACUGGCUUCAGUGUCCUGCGACCAUGGCGUACUACAUCCAAGGUAAAAUAAGAAAUCAGUGGGCCAACACAGGCGUGUAUAAUUACCCUAAAGAUUCAUUUAUCGACCGGGAGCACCAUUUCAACAUAGAGGAUUUCCAACAUGUUGAUCUCAAUGAAAAGGCAUGCUUGCACAAUCCACUCACUUCUCUGUGCCUCCUCGGCUGCCUUGUGUCUGGAAGCCAUCCAGCUCUCGUCGCUGACAUGGACCGAUCUAGCCCCACGGACAUGAUGCUUUUGAAGAAGGAGCAGAAAGAUGCCGAGCUGGAUAGGAAGAUCGAAGCACUGCGAAGGAAAAAUGAGGCGCUUAUGAAGCGCUAUCAGGAGGUAGAGGAGGAUAAGAAACGGGCAGAGCAGGAGGGCAUGGCAAUGCAGAGCCGCAAAGGGAAGGUCGAAGACCUGACCAUCACCAUCAACAAGUCUCCCACUGAGAAGCGUGUUGUUACCAAGAAGGGUUUAGGAGACGCAGUUCCUAAAGGAGUGCAGAAUCAGGAGGACGUCCACAACAUUUUCAGUGCCGGUCGUGGUAAAAGGAGACAGAUACUAGUCACUGCCCCAGGAAACACCAAGGGGAAGAGGGUGGUUAGUGAAAGAGUGGAGAAAAGCAGUCCUACUGGAGUAACCGGGAUAAAACUCUCUAACGAGGGCAGCAGGGAACCGAUAGAUUGCACAGCAGGAAGAAAGGACUGUUCAAAAAGCCAGGUUGGAAGGAAGCAGGAACGAAAGUGUCGAGCUGAGGGAGCUCAUCAAAAAUUCACGGCGUAUAAUCCCUAUGCACAGCAAAAUGAAGUGCUGACCGAUCUCAGCAUCCCCACAUCCAGUGAGGAGCAGCAGGAGUACCUGCGCUGGAAAAAGGAGAGGGAAGAAAUCGACCGAGAGCGUGUGGCUCGCCACAAGAACCCCCAGGGCCAGUGGAGAAGAGCCUGGGACAUGGACAAACCCGAGCUUACAUUUUCUGAAAAAGGUGCAGCAGAGAGAGGUACACCGAGCAGAGGAGGAAGGAAUGCGAGAAGAGGACAUUCCAGACCUCCAGUAACAACAGAAUCACGAGGUGGAGAGCAUGAAAAGAGAGGAAAGAAUGUUCCUGUGGUUGGCAGUAAAGUGAAAGGAAAGGACCGUUUGACCGGCCGAGCCAGGAGAUGGGACUCUAAAGACGAAGCAGAGCAAUUGCAGGUGGGUCCAGAAACUAGUUUGGAGGAGUUUUUGGAGGAGCUGGACGCUCUGUGUGAUUCUGAGGUCAACAGUAAUAGUCCAGACACAGAGACCCAAGGAGCAGAAUCCAGUGCUGUGGAGACGGCUGUGGCCGCUGACAAAGAUACAAAACAAGAGAAUAUGCUUAUUCCUACAGACUUGCUAAACAAGAACACUUCCGUUUCCAGAGGAGCUGAGAAGAAGGUCCGUUUUUCAGAAGACCUCAUUCAGGGAGCUUUCGAAAAGAACUCGAAUGGCGAUAAGACCGAGAUCAAAAUUAGUUCUUUAAAAAACACGCCACAGACCAAAACAGCGCUUGGAGAGCAGGAUGCCCAACAGGACUUGGGUGGUGAUCAGGAAGGAAUGAAAAACAACCAGGAGAUAAAGACCACCAGCAGUAUUCUUACAGAUUCGCAAGCCAAAACACCAGGCCAAGUUGAUUCCCAGGAGACCAGCAUUAUAGAAUUGAAACCAAUGCCCGAGAGCUUCCUAGAGAAACAAACUGUGAGCAAAUCUAAGGGGUCAACUUGUGAUAGUGUUGGUUCUCAAAAUGGCCCUGAUUCCAUUGUUUCCACUGAACAGGACCUCCUUCACAUGAUGGAACCUCUGAAAAAUAACACCUCCAGAAAUACUGACGAUCUGAUUGACUCCAGUCUCUCAGUAUUGAGUUUGGAAUCAGGAGAUUCUCUGCCUGUCCACAGCACCAGCACUGAAAAGGCUCGAGAGAACGGGAAAGUGGUUUAGACGACAUGCUCUUUCAUGGCUUGCUCAACAUCUGUUCAAGGUGGACGAAAGGAAACUAAACAAAGCAAAAGGAUGCAUUGCAGUUUGCCUGUUUGAGUGUGUUCCAGCUUCAGGAAUGGUUAGUUUUGAAAACUAAUAGAAAUUAGCACCAUGGUGUAGUAGUGGGCGGUGUGAUGGUUUGAAGAUCAUUACUUUGUAGUGCACACUUUUAAUGAUGCUCACUGAGUGCUAUUUUGUUCAUGUACACACACUAACAGGUAUGCAUCUGUAUUUUUGCAAAUAUUAUAAUGGCUACUCAUUCAGAAAUAGGAAGAAUGUGCAGUAUUGAAGAAGCUGGCUGUGUUUAUUGGUUAAACACAAUGAUCACAUUUAAAAAAAAACCAAAAAGACUGAACAUUUUUGGAUAAUUUAGGGUAGGAUAUUGGCUUGAGCAUGUAUUUUAGCCCCAUCCUGAACACCAUAAAGCACAAUUAUUUUAUUUAUUUACUUAUUUAUGUAUUUAAAUCUGCCUGCUGUUUAUUUCCUGAUUCAUCUUUUAAUUUAAACUCUAUUUGGUUAUUUCUGUGAGUCAACGAAUGCGGUGCCGUUUGGGUCCCAAUAACAUUACAUUUCUAAAUAUUUAUGUAAAGAAAAGAUAGACGUUUUAUACAUCAAGUGUUUUAAAACAAACGAUAAAUGCCAGUAUUUAAAAAGCAUCUGUCAUCACAUAUUAUUGAACCAUCACAUAGUCUUGGAAUUAAAGAUUAUAAAUGUAUACAGACAAUUACAGACUGUUAACAGCAAUAUAGACUGGUUAAAGACAAUCAUAUACAUACAAUAUAAGAAGUAAGGUUGCAUAGUAAAUCCAUACUGACCAGUUACAAUAAACCAUUUCCACCCAUUUAAAAGAUAUGCCUUUCAUUGCAAUUCAAAUAACGUAACACAUUCAUCAAACUGGCAUUUCUUCCUGUCCUAGCCUAAUAAAUACAAUUUAAAAAAAGGCAUAGUUAAAAUGUUAUGCAGUAGUGUGCAGAUUCGUUAAGCAUCCCAACUCUGAAUUGCCCUUUUCCAUUAAACAUUCUUUCAUCCAUUCUAGAUUAUGAAAAAGUAUAAUUGUCCCAGAAUAUUCAUGAACCUCUGAUACUUUAACACAUUCAUUCAUCUCUAUUAAAUAUUUUCAUAUUUUAUCAUUUUCCAAGAGGUACGUUCAACAGGGAGAGUUCCUUCACACGAAUCUGCUGAAGAUCAAAAAGAUAUUGUGAUAUUGAUUUUUGAUAUUGUGGUAUCGAUUGACAAGAUCAUUUUAAACACAGUAGCUGUCAAACUUAAAAACAAUUUUAAGUUAAAAUGUCUGCAAUAUAUAGUCAACAUAUGUCUUCUUUUUUUCCUGAACAUGCCCUUUUCCUGGACAUUCUUUGCACAUAUUUGCAUUGCUUUAACCCAGGUCUUUAGAGUGCACCUUCUCCUUCUCCACAGUAAAUGCCUUAAAAUUCAAAAUAUGGUCUCCUUCCAAUUUUCCUAAUGCUAUUAUCGCAAAUCACUGUUCACCAAAUGUAUUUCUCAUUUUGUGGUAAAAAGAAAUCUCUACCUUGUGUGGCUGCGCAGAUCACUGAGGCUAGAUUAGAGAGUUUAUGAUUCAUGAGGUUUUAGGGUGGUUUGAAGGUGGCACUGUUGGUGCACAGCAAUACAUGUUUUUCAGCCCGGCUCGAUUUAUCACAGUUAGCUUUUUGUAGUGCUAUGAAAACAUGACAAGACUUUUUAUGGUGGCCUCAAAAAUAUGAAGCUUUUAAACUGCUUGCACAGAACUUGUGGUGCCUUAAAGGGCUCAGUUAUUUGCUGCACCGUUUUCUUACAUAAUUAUCCCUGUUUUAAGUUUUUUGUAUUCUAAAUGAUAAAUCGGAGAUGAAUAUUGAAUAUAGAAUAUCUUUAUGAAUGCAGAUAUUCCUAUACUGUAUGUGCUGCGGUUGUGUAUUGGGGCAGAAGGCGGUGUAAAAAGGCAGCGAUUGUGACAGUGUAAUCUGUAGUUAGUGAUGCAUAUGCACAUGGAUAUCAUUAAUCUGCUCAAAAGCCCUAAAGUUCCCUGAGGCAAAUCACAUAACUAUUAGCUGUAUUUAAUAAAUAUGUGUAUAAUAAAUAUUGAAAACAGUCUAGGGGAGAUUUUUAUUAUCUUUAUUAGCUUUUCCGAGGUGUUGAGGAAUUUUCAUUAACCCUUCAGUAAGGAUUUCAGCUGUUCAGCAAGAUUGACUGACUGAUAUAGGAAUGUGAACAUGUCUUGCACCCACCCACUGGUCAAACUGCAUGUCAGUCAUCACUCUUUGCAUAUGGGUGUGUAGGAAGUGUUGCACCACCACAGCAACCAGAGACAGGUGUGUGGUUGAGAAGAUGCGCCUGCAAAAUUCGCAAACACAAAUGUAAAUACAGUCAACACCCUAUAAUUCCCGGUUCGGAUCUCGCAGCUCUGAAAAUUAGCGGGAUCUCGUUUGGAACAUAACUAAGUUGCGGAUUAUCUUAAAAUUUGCGGAAAUGCGCAGCAGGACCGAAUGUUGAGGAACGUUAUGAACAACAUUUCAAACUAUGUUUUCACCAAAAAAUUGUAUAAAAACCGUUGUGACAUAAUGUCUAGAUGAAAUCACUAAGGUACCUUAGAGGCUGCGGGGUGUCCAAAAUUCCUGGAUUUUUGGAACUCGAGUGGGGUUUUAGAACGUAACCUCUGCGACUCCUGGGUGACCACUGUACUGUACACAGAUUAAUAAAUUGUGUAGGAAAAAAUGUGAAUUCUUAAGGGAUAAACGGUGCCGCAAUCAUGACCUCACCUUUAAACUGUAUCUACAGAAAGUACAUAAAAUAUUCUUAAUAUACAACUGUGAUCUACAAUGUUGCCCAUAGUGCCCAACACUUCCAUGAUAUUACUAAUCACUGUGUUUUUCACAUGUUGCUAAUAUUAUCAUGACCUUGAUGAUGAUUUGUGUUUUAAUUACAAGAAAAGUUAGGAUGAUGAGAAGAAAGGAACGUGCCUGAAAGUCACUGAAAAAUAUUGGAGCUACUGUACAUUAGAAUGUACACUAAAUAGGAUCUUAUGAGGUACCUGGAUGAUACUAAUUCUAGGGGUGGACAAAACACCUUAAACUGGACAUGACAAAUGAUCACAUUACAGUGUACUUUCUCAAUCCUGGGCAUUUCUCACAAAACACUUGCUGUUAUUAAAAGUGGUUUUACGUUCUUGGUAAUGAAAACUUUUUUUAGGAGUUGAGUAGAAGUAGUUUUGCUUCUUCCUGAGUGUGUUAUGGGGAAAAAAUUGCCUGGUUUUUAGAUGUUGAUAAAUUUGGUAAAUUGAUACGUGAAGUAGUCUUGGUAUUGCGACUGUACCAGAGCUGAGAAAUUAUGAAUCGUCAUGUUGUGGAUGUUUAAGGAUGAUAUGUGUAGGUUUUGAUAAAUAGAAGAAUCACAGAAAUUCCAAGAUCUUAUGACUUAUUAGACUUAUUAUGAGCAGCACUUAAGUUGAGAGAGCACACACACACACACAGACAGAGUUAGUUAGAUACAAGUAUGCAUUUUUUUUGCAAACUAUUUUUAAUAAAUAAUGCAAAAAAAAGGUUUUCACUGGACUCAGCUUUGUAUAUUUUCAGUUUGAUUUCUCAUUUACAGCAAACAUUAAGCCUUAAAACAGAGAAUUUAUAUAUCACAUGAUCUGCUUAGUUCAAGUGCAUUACAAUAUCACAUUAAUGCUUCUCUGAUAGUCCCGCCUCCCUCUUUUUGAUAGACACAAAUUCUAUCUAAUUAAGUCUUACUACUGGGAAACAGACACAUGAUUGAGAAACACACUUUUCUUGCACUGAAGCUGUCCGCUACUAGUUGCUACUGAUUACUGAAAUGUCUAGAUGUUGUGGUUUGAACGGAUGACUUACGCGCAUUAUGUGAAAAGCACUACGCAGCAUAUUGAAUGUCUAAAUAAAGAUUUUUUUCAAGGGUCAUAUGAAACAUUUAAAUGCACAAAAAAAGCAGACACACUCACAGGAAAUCCAAAUUGAGUAUACACACAUGUUCAGAUGUACAAUAUACAUCAGUCACAUGCUACUGUUUUUUUGUAUUUUUUGUAUGCACAUAUAUUUUGGAAGGUGACAUUUUGUGCAAAAAAGACAAAAGCGAUGUUUACUGCUUUUUCAAGUAUGAUUAUAAGCACUUUAUUUUGUAUAAAUGCUCGCUAAGUUCUGAAAUGUUGGCGUUACAUCUGAUAAGCACUGUACACUGAAAUACAAGCCCCUUUAAGACUGAACAUUUCAAUCACCUUUGAAAGUCCAGAAAGGAUUUGUUACGCAGAACCUUUUUCAGUUUGGCGAAAGAGGACAUUUUAUAUUUGCACAUAUAUAUAUUGCGAAAAAGGCCAGAAGCAAUAUGCUUAGAAUACAUUUAAUAAUGCAGUACCAAUGUUUUUAAUACUAAUAUGAAUGAAUAAGAAGAAGAAAAAGAAAACACAGCCUGAUUCAAAAGUCACGGUUAAAAUAUAUUAACCUUUUUAUAAUAUGAAAAAAAAAAGCCUGGCAAUAUAAAAAUGUUCAUAUCUUCACAGCGAAAACCAUUUGCAUUAUUGAGUGAAUCAGUAUAACAACAGUGACAAAUAUAUUGUUCCAGGUCUUUUCUGAACAUUUCAUUAUUACUAAAUAUAAGUAGUGUUUUUUUGCUUAGAAUUUUUUUAUAUUUUCAUUCAUGUGAAUGUUGCAAUUUCUCUGGUUUAUUUAAGCAUGAAUGAAGUGACUAAUUUAAUAUUUAAUUUUGUACAUCAUGCUGUAAUUAUUGUUGCCACUGUCACUUUGUGUCCAACAGAAUUUGAAAUGAAUUUCUGUGUACUUCAUGCCGUAAUAAACAGAUUUUGCCUCACA